CCCAAGAAUUUUCUAGGGCGGUUGCCGUUUGGUUUCCUAGAAAAUUUGGGCUUUUCCAGUGAUUUUCUUUCUGUGUUUUCCUUGUUUCUCCUCUUUCCUUUGCACCUUGAAAGAUGAAACCUUUCUAUGCGAUUAUGGGCUGCUAUUAUUGAUCUCUUCAAAAUUUGUUUGCUUUGCAGUUUUCACAAAGGCUGAAACUUGUGUGCUUUCCUAGAAAAUUUAGGCUAUUAAAAACUUGUUUGUAUCUUCCUUUGAGCUUCUAAAACCUUCCUAUGGUUUGCCAUCAUUAAUCUUUUCAAAAUUUGUAAUUUUUCUUUGCGAAGGUUGAAACUUUAGUAAUAGCUACACACUGCGUAUCUACUCAAUAGAUAUCUGGGGACUUUGCUCAAUUUUGAUGAUGAGGAGAGGAAAAGUUGUGAUGAAAAGGAUCGAGAAUGCAGCAGACUAGUGUCCUUCACAAAGCGUCGAAAUGGGCUGCUUAAGAAGGCUUUUGAACUCUCUGUUCUCUGUGAUGUUGAAGCUGCAGUUGUCAUCUUCUCUCAAAAAGGAAGACUUUAUGAGUUCUCAAGCUUCGAGAAAUCACCGUCUAAAAUGAUAUUGAUGGAUGGACUUCUUCCACAACGCCAAGGAGGUGCGGCUCCGCAGCCAUCACAACAAGUUCCUUCUGGCCGAGGAGGACGACAAAUCCGUAUCCUCCAAGACCGCUCGAUGGACCAUCGGGUUCGUGUCCGGAUCCCAGUCCGUAAUCCACCUCAAGAGUUGCUACAGAAAAUACCUCACCACCUCCAACCAGCCUUUCUUGCUCUGGAUGACCGGCCGGAGAGUGUUCCAGACCGUGCCCAAGCGGCUCAACUCGUCACUCGAUUUGGAGCCCGUCAGAGAUGAGCUAGACAUAAUUUUUUUUUUUUCAGCCAAUCAAAAUGAAACAUUUAUAUGGGCUGCUGUUAUUGAUCUCUUCAAAAUUUGUUUGCUUCGCAGUUUGAACAAAAGCUGAAACCUGUUUGCUUUCCUAGAAAAUUUAGGCUAUUAAAACCUCGUUUUUCUCCUUCCCUUGAGCUUCCUAAAACCUCCUCUGUGUUGCCAUUAUUUAUCUCUUCAAGAUUUAUAAUUUUUUUUUGUAAAGAUUGAAACUUUAGUAUUAGCUACACACUGCGUUGGUACUCAAUAUAUAUCUGGGGACUUU